AUGGAAAUUCAUGGUGAAGCUACCAAACCUGCCCAAGGCUAUAUGAACUGGUCGGAAUAUGCCGUGAUCAAGUGGCUGGAAUAUGUCGUGAUCAAUUUUGGUUCUCAGGUUGUAAUUUACGAUAUGAAUUUGAAACCGGUAAAGAAAUUGCUGAUACCUGAUAUGAAUAUGUGUCACAUGUGCGUCAUUGAACGAUAUUUGCUCGUUAUAGUUGAUACCGGUGGAGAAUUCCUAACGAUCAUGCUGACGAGGGACAACGAGCGGUUUGAAAUCGCUUAUUGUGCUCAUGACAUAGAGAAACACAACAGUUGUUUCCAGUAUGGUGAGAAAUCUUUCAUUGAUGGGAGUAUAGCAGGCUUGAUAAUCGUCCAUGACCAGGCAACGCUGUAUCGAAUAUAUGUGAAUGCUUGCAAAGUAAUUUUCCAGCCCUAUGAGGACGACGGGAUCUUGCAACUUGGGCCAAAUUUCUGCUCACAAAGUCAAAGAAACGUUUUGGUCAUGUACGCUGUUCACCACAGGACAUUAUGCCUGCCUUGGAUAAAUCGACAAGCUGCAAAUCUUGAUGAUGAAGUUAUUACUUGUUCAAAUGGAUUUGACUCAAGGUUUUACAAACUUUCGAACAGCAAUUCACAACUUUUCGGUCUUGCUCGUACUCAAGACGGAAAUAUUCGAAAAAUCAUACCAAUCGGGAGCAGACACCUUUUAUUAGUUUCGGAGAAGAUUAGAGUUGUCUUGAGAUCGAGUGCAUGCAACAAAUACGGAAUCCUUGGUUACGACGAAGGGUUGGAAAUUUAUUGUUCAAAUGGUAAUAUACCCGAUGUUCUCUUUAUACGAGAAGGUCAUGCUAUCAUUUGUGACCCGAAUAAAGGCCUAUCCCUUUUAACAUAUACACUACGAAAGCUUGAUUUUGAAUACAAACUCAAAUUUGUGAAUGAAUACAUCAAACCAAGGCAGAUGCUCAGGCUGAGAAAUCAUAGAUAUCUUGCGAUAUCGAGCUCAAAUGUCUUCCUGCUCAAGUUCACAAAAGGAUGGAGACUUGAAGUUUUGAGGAUACUGAGAGAACAACUCUUUGUCCCAGUCACGAAUUUGCUCACAGAAUCAAAAGCUAUUAAUAUUUCUUCAGCUAAUCGUACCUCUGAUUUUGUUGAAAUCUUACAGGAUGAUACGACUUGUAUCACUUCAAUCAAACUGCGUAGCAAGUUAAAGGUUAAGCAAACCAAAAUUCCUGUUUAUGACUUCUUUUGUGAAAUAUAUCCUAUAGAUAUCUACCAUUUAUUUGCACGUUGUUUGGAUGGAUACCUUUAUGAGUUGACCUUAAAGGAGGAUACUGUUAUAAUCGAAAAAUGCCCCAUCGAAAUCAAGGAGCUGGGAAAUGUCAUUGGGGUCGCGGCAAAUGUGCUGGUGACCACAAAGUGUGCUACCCAAGUUGCUACACAUAAUGUUUUCACCACUUUUAAGGGUACAGCAUUAUCCUGUAAGUUCACCAGCUCAUAUGGUGUUGUCUUUACGUCGUCAAUGAUAUAUAUCUUCAUGUUGCAGCCCAAACCACAUGUCAUUCAUGAAGUGGAAUGUAUUACUGCUCACGCUUCAAUUUAUGAGUCCGAUAACAAAGAUCUUAGUAUUAUAUGCGACGUCCAUGGAGUCUUGCAUCAUCUCAAAAUCAAUCGUGCUAAUAUGACACAUGUACGGAGUGGAACUGGUCAAGCCGAUACUCAAGAUUUGAUGUUACUCAACAAUAACAUGUUUGCAUCUUUAACGUCUUGCGGAACUCUUCACUUCAAAGAAUUGAGCACUUUUGACGAUGUUCUGAUGAUCAGGCUACAGAAAUCAUGCUCAAAAGUUUGGCGAACAAGCGAUAGUUCUUUCGCUGCAUUUAGUCCAUUGAGAACAUCGGUUUACUUCAUGACUGGUAAAAGUGUUGAAUCAUUCUUUAUCCAAAAUACUGAAGACGCACUUCAUCUUCAAGUGAUAGAAAACUCACUGUAUCAUCUCCGAAAAUCUGAACUUGUGAUCUCUACCAUAAUUCCCAACCUCUUUUCAGAAAAUGUCUAUCAUCACCUUGGACCAAUGUAUAAUAUACAAAUCAUAACUAUUCAACAAACACCCUACUUGAUUUACAACGAUUAUGAGAAAGUUCACUUAUAUGAUUUGAAUGUUAAGGACUCACUCGCUUCUAUAUAUAUGCCUAAUAUUCAGCAUAUUUACUCUUACAGAGGGCUGAAGUUUGGUGACAAUUCAAUUAAUGAUAGGUGUCUAAUUUUGCUAGUUGCCGAGGUAAAUGAACCAUUUGACGCCUCGGAAUGUAUGCUACAAUUAGUGGCAUUGAAAGCGUCUCAUGAUCUUUCACUUCAGGUGCUUUUUAGUAUUAAGCCAAAAUACUCCAACUGGUCAUGUUUGGAUUGGUAUCAAUUGAGAGAAGCCCUUGAGACAAGGUCAGAUUGCCAACUACAAAUGCAAACAAUACCUGGCUCGUGGGUGAUUUCUGGCAAGAGGAGGAGUUGCUUUUGUGCCUCGAGCUUUUAG